ACUUGGGGAGUCUGAUUCAGAGACUUUAAAAUCAACGCUGGUGCCUCACUGCCUCACACUAAAAGUGAAUCAGAAAAAUAAAGAACCAGCAUCAAAUUUGAAGUGGCCACAAAUUCUAUUAAAGCAGAAGAAAUAGUGUGAACCAUAAAAAAGAACCAGUUUCCUCUCUACUCUGCAAUUUAGAGGAAAAAUUUUCAUCCAAGGACAGAUCAGGUACUGUUUUUCAACCCUAAUCUCUUGACCAAGAAUGAAACUAUUUACAAAUUAAGAUGCCAACAGAUCACGAAGAGCCCUGUGGUCCCAGUCACAAGUCAUUUUGCCUGAAUGGGGGGCUUUGUUAUAUGAUACCUACUAUUCCCAGCCCAUUUUGUAGGUGUAUUGAAAACUACACAGGAGCUCGUUGUGAAGAGGUUUUUCUCCCAAGCUCCAGCAUCCAAACUAAAAAUAACCUGUUUGAAGCUUUCAUGGCAUUGGCAGUCCUAGUAACACUUAUCAUUGGAGCCUUCUACUUCCUUUGCAGUGUCAGGAAGGGCCACUUUCAGAGAGCCAGUUCAGUCCAGUAUGAUAUCAACCUGGUAGAGACGAGCAGUACCAGUGCCCACCACAAUCAUGGAGAACACUGAAGAAACGUCAAAGUGAACCAAAUCAUUGCUUUUGUUUUACAAAGGCAGAAAAUGAAACACCACUAAGGAUUUUCAUUAAGCCAAAUCAUACGCAGUUUCUACAAAUGAAAAUCAAAGUCAAUCAUCUAAAAUUUCAUGAUUUCUUCCCAUCAAGAGGAUCUGGAGUCUUCUGUUCCCAUUAAAACUGAAUUUAUGGC